GCAGCAUGUCUCUAACCCUCCCCUCCCAGCCGUUCCAGCAGCAUGUCUCUAACCCUCCCCUCCCAGCCGUUCCAGCAGCAUGUCUCUAACCCUCCCCUCCCAGCCGUUCCAGCAGCAUGUCUCUAACCCUCCCCUCCCAGCCGUUCCAGCAGCAUGUCUCUAACCCUCCCCUCCCAGCCGUUCCAGCAGCAUGUCUCUAACCCUCCCCUCCCAGCCGUUCCAGCAGCAUGUCUCUAACCCUCCCAGCCUUCCAACAGAACAUGCGACCAGAAGAGAAGGAGAGGGUGAACUUACCCGCUGCAACAUAUUCUCCUCUUCACUGCGAUAACUAAACUUCCGGGUUACAGCCGGAUAUCCUGUGAGGAGGAGAGACGUCGGGGGCGCGCACGUACUGAGGGGUUAGUCGCUUAUCGCCUUUCUUCAAAAAUGCGUCCAUUGCAUGGAGAGGAGUUUUAUUGAGGAUUUUUUUGGCUAAAUGGAAGGUUCAUUAGCUACCAUGUUUGGUAAGAAGAAAAAGCGUAUCGAGAUCUCUGCUCCAUUAAAUUUUGAACACCGGGUGCAUACUGGCUUUGAUCAGCAGGAACAGAAGUUCACAGGUCUUCCUCGACAGUGGCAAAGCUUAAUUGAGGAGUCUGCCAAGAGACCAAAGCCACUGGUUGACCCAUCCUAUAUCACAACAAUUAAUCAUGUCCCUCAGAAGACUAUUGUUCGUGGCAGCAAGAUGUCAUUGGAUGGGUCCUUGGCAUGGCUCCUGGAUGAGUUUGAUGCCAUGUCAAUUUGCCGCUCAAACUCUUUGCGUAGAGAGAGUCCUCCAUGUCACCCCCGAGAGGACCGGUUUCACCAGGAAAAUGGUAUGAGUGAAGUCCGUGUACGGCAGCAAAGGGAAGAUGGACAAAGAGGGUCAGAGAGAAACAGAUCAGAACAUUCCAGAAGAGAGAGACAAAGAGAAGAACACAAAGCAGUUCCCCAGCAACCACGAGGACAAGAACCAAGCAAUAAGCACAGACCGCCACCACCAGACUAUCCUAAAGAUAUACCUGAGAAAAGAGGCACACGCUCGCAUGAAAAGGGUGAUGGGAGAAGAGAAUACCCUGUAAAUGACCGUGGCUAUAGUGAACCUGUAGAACGAGUAGUAAAGAGGGAAAAGGGAGAAGAGAAGAGACCUAAGUCAUCAUACACAAGUGCAGAGGGCAGCCCGCAGUCUCCAAGAGACAAGAGGCCUCUCUCUGGGCCCAGUAUUCGCACUCCUGGUAGUUCUUCUACAGAGGGAGUAGUAAAACAAACACAGACAGGAAGGGCAUUCAAUACCUACCCCCGUGCUGAAACUGACCCCAGUAGAGGGGCACCUCACCAGGUGCCUGAUUCUCAUUCUACUGUUCCACUUGACUCCAAAAGCACUGUAAGCAAAAGCUCUUCUCGUCCUCAGCAAGGACAAGUCAAGCCCAAGCUUCCAGACAAGCCUCAUCCUACACAGCUUGUCCCACACAGCUCAGAUCCUCAGCUCUCCCAUCCUGUUCAGACCCAGCAUCCUGCCCAGCCCCGUUCUCCACAGAGGGAGCCACAGCGCGUGUCUCAUGAGCAGUUUCGGGCAGCCCUGCAAAUGGUUGUGGACCCUGGUGAUCCAAGGACUUACUUAGAUAACUUUAUUAAAAUUGGUGAGGGCUCAACAGGAAUUGUUUGCAUUGCUACCAUAAAGAGCAGUGGGAAACUUGUAGCUGUAAAAAAAAUGGACCUUCGUAAACAACAGAGGCGAGAACUACUCUUCAACGAGGUUGUUAUAAUGAGGGAUUACCAACAUGAGAAUGUGGUUGAGAUGUACAACAGUUACCUUGUGGGGGAUGAACUAUGGGUUAUUAUGGAGUUCCUGGAAGGAGGUGCACUUACUGACAUUGUAACACACACCAGGAUGAACGAAGAACAGAUAGCUACUGUCUGCGUGUCUGUGCUAAAAGCUUUGUCUGUACUUCAUGCUCAAGGCGUCAUUCACCGAGAUAUUAAGAGCGAUUCCAUACUACUAACACAUGAUGGACGGGUGAAACUUUCAGAUUUUGGAUUCUGUGCUCAAGUUAAUAAGGAAGUUCCUCGACGCAAAUCUUUAGUUGGCACACCUUACUGGAUGGCUCCAGAGCUAAUUUCGCGGCUACCAUAUGGACCAGAGGUUGAUAUUUGGUCUCUUGGAAUAAUGGUGAUUGAGAUGGUGGACGGAGAACCUCCUUAUUUUAAUGAGCCCCCACUAAAGGCUAUGAAAAUGAUUCGGGACAAUCUCCCCCCCAAGCUAAAAAAUGCACAGAAGGUAUCUCCAUUGCUAAAGGGAUUUUUGGAUCGACUUCUUGUUAGAGAUCCCAGCCAAAGAGCUUCAGCUAAUGAGCUUCUUAAACACCCCUUCUUGGGGAAAGCUGGACCGCCAUCUUGUAUUGUCCCACUAAUGAGACAGAAUCGUUUGAGAUGAAGAGAAGAUGACACUUGAUAUUUACCCCACUGUGCACCACCAAAGAUGAAGAAGAAUGAGAGAGGAGAACAUCAAUUUGUCACACUAUCACUUUAUCUCAGUGUUGUAUAUACUACUGAACAUUCCUCUUCCAACAUCUCCUCUAAUUUUUCUGUUUUUUUGGAGCAUAUAGAAAGAUGAUGUUAAAAUAUUUCUCCAGUUUAAGGGUUAUGAGGUAAUUUAUUGUUAAUAUCCCUGGACAUUUGACCAUCUUGCUAAUCAGUGAAAUAGUGGUUAGAUAAGAGAAGCAUAGAGUUUGGCACCUGGUUCUUUUGGAUUCAGUACCACUCAGAAUAAUAGUGAAUCAGACUGGAUCUCUUAUAGCACUUGGACAGACACAAGCAUACCCAAUAAUUUACCUGGGACUAAACACUGGAAACAUUUAUUGAACGUUGGUCAGGGUGCGACUGGAAUUUUCCCCUUGGAGGACAGAAGUAAUAUUUGUCUAAAAUAUUGAGAAGAACAUCUCAAGGGAUUAAUAUGAUCUUUAUUUGAGCUGGCUCUGUUAAUUACUUUAUAUUGCCAAUGUUUUUAGUACACCUAACUGGAUUGCAUUAGUGUGGGGGUGCCUAAGGGUUCUGUACAGCCAACAGCUUCUUCUGUCUGGAUCACACUCUCUGUAAAAGGGCACUUAGAGUAUCUUACAAGAUUAACCACCAUAUAUGAUAUUCAUAGAUCUAUGCAUGAUCUGUCUGUAUGGCUAGUUACUUUCCUGGACCAUUAAUGGUUAUGAAUUUUCACAGUGGCACCAAGAUUGUAGAUUAUUAUCCUGGUCUUCCAAAAUGACACUCAUUACACACUUCUGGCCUUUGCUUUCACUACUAUUGUCAUCUCUCUUUAGUGGGGUCCUUCUCAUAGAUAACACUAAUCUGUUCUAAUCCACAUGAUAAAAGUACUUCUGCCACUACAGAGCAUGAUGUUACUAAGGAGAUUUCCGAUUACAUUGGGUGAGCAUGCCGAGCAUUGUCACAACAUUUACUGUAGAGAAUACACAGACUAUAAGUGGUUAUUACUGAGAUAGUAGGGUUACUACUUUAUUUAUUAUGAGAGAUCCCUUAUAGGGAUGUAAUAGUUUAAUUAUGGAGUAUGCCAUGCCACUUUAUAAACUGUUUGGGAAAACUGCAUCUAGUAGUUAUGAAAGGCCACUAUUUACUCAUGAGAAUCGUUUGCAUGGUUGACCAUACUGUAGAAAAAUAUGUUACCCCUUUUACCAUAUCAGAGGCCUACUAUAGAAUGAAAACUUUACUGUGGAGGGGAUACUGUGAUAAUACAGGAUAACAGAUCAUUCCUUUUAAACACUACAGACUUAGUAUAAAAAGAGCAGUUCUAUGGUGUUAUUUACUAAAAAUGUAAUAUUUCAGUGCAUCAUACAAUGAGAAUUGUUAAAACAUUCAUUUUUGUUUUCAUGAUCCCUUUACAGAGAUGUGUAUUAUUGAAAGUGUUAAGUCUACACAUAAUCAUAAGUAUGGAGGUAACAAUGUCAAUUAAUGAGGGAAACAAUUUACAUGGAUAUUAUACGAGAAUUACAGAGUUAGCUGUGUCUUUGCACUGAAUAUGGAGAUGUCAGAUUUUGUCUACAUAGAUUUAUCUUUAGUGUUACUCUGUGCAGUUUAUUCUCCCCACUAGAAGUGUAUUUUAAUAGAAAUCUAAAAGCCACAAAUUCAUUUACUGGUAAAAUUAAGGUUACUCUCCCAGAGUAAGUGUUAAAGCCUUCCAUAUUCUUUCCAUAGUCCCACAAAAUCUUGUCAAAAUCUCCGGUGUAAUUUAGCCCUAGCUCUCAGUUCUUGUCCUGUUUAUAUGUUCUGAUAAACAAGUUCAAAACCCACACCACUUUUAAAAUUAGGAGAACAAAAAUCUGCAAUGUUGCUUUGCUUGACACAUUUAUUACACAGCAGUAGAAUCAACAGUCAUGUUUGUGUUUUACUAUAACUGAAAAUAUUUAAUUUUAAAACAUAAACAAGGAGCUUGUAGAUCAUUAUACACACAACAGGCAGUAAUCUGUUGGAGAGUCCACUUGCAUCUUUAAGUUAGGGGUGGCUCUGCAGAUAUGUGGAUAAUGGGAGUUCUUCAUGUCAAGCUUUAAAUAAAAGUUUUGCUAAAGAAGACAAGGUAGGGGACAAGAGAUCCUAAACUGUGUGAAAAGAACCUUGAUGGGUAGAGGUGCCUUAGCAGCCUAAGGAGCAGUGUGGUGAGAUUUAGGGGGCAUGUUAACUCCAGAUACUCCUGGAAGCCCAGCAGCAGAAGGUCACCUAUUGAACACCUAUUUGCUUCCCCUAAUAUUUCUAGAAACAUUCAUGAAAUGCUGACACAGCAUUGUUUUCAUAAUAUGUUCCUAACUAUGGUUUAAGGGAGGACCUGACCAAUAUUUGAAAUUCAGAGGAGAGGUUCUGACCAAAAAAGUCCAAAACACCACUGCUCUAGUACUACUUUGAUAUCAAAGUGGUCGAGACUUCCAUUUAAAGUGCCAGUAAAAUCAAGAAUAGGAAAUAUUAUAUAUAUGUUUAUAGAUUAUAUCUCUGUUCAGUUUCAGCAUUUUUUUAUAGUAACAUAACAGUCCUUGUAUAGCAGACUUUCAUACUGUGAGUAUGUUAUGUAUUAAUGACAUUUAAUCCCCUGUUUAGUGAAUGGGAAUAGGUACUGUGUGUGCCAAAAGCCUUAGUGCUUCUGAAGGAAUUACUUAAUGUUUACAUGUACAGGGUAUCGGUAAAAAAUGCAACUAUAUAUCAAGCCCUUUCAAUUUUUGGUUUUACUGGCCCAUUAAGGGAAAGCUUCUGAUAAGAAAGGGGUACUAGUCUGCAAAAAUGUAAACAUACAAAAAGGGGAUUUGAGUUUUAUCCAUCUCAUUCUCUGUGGAGGUAUCUAUAAUUAUAUGGCAUGAUGGUCUGACAAGUAAGUGUUUUCUAUUUAGAACCAGGCUAAAUUCUAAAAAAAUUGUACUAUAUGGCAUUAUGGUUAGUUUGUCUGUGCAUUCAAUUUAAUGCUACCAUACAGAAAUCGCACAUGGACUACAUUUCAAAAUUCAGUCUUUUAUGGUUUCUUUUUGGAUUGGGUGUGAAAAGUUUUUCUGCUGAACUCAUUUGUCAAUCAGCCAUUUCUCUGUAUCACAAUCAGUAGUGCCUUACUGCAUUUGCAUUUUAACAGGUGAUCUAGCCUUUGACAUAAGACCACAUAAGCUAGCCUGACAAUCAUAUAGCAACAUGAAGACUAAUGUGAAAGCAAUAGUCCUAAGGAGCAUUGUAACCCACUUGUAGUGUUGGGAGAGCUCCUGCAAUCCCUCAUUGUCCCUUUCAUCCCUUUCUGAUUGAACACUGGGUAUAGUUUUAUACAUAAAUAUAUAUUUAUAAAGUGUAUGUUUUGGAAAACACUGUAGUAAUCAUGCAUUUGAACAGAAAGCAGAGCUGUGACACUAAGGACUGCUUUUCAAUUGAUUUGUAAUAAGAUAUUCAACUGUAUUUUGCAUUUCUUUGAACAAAGUUGAAAUAGAAGUACUAGUUUUACAAAUACAGUUUUGGACUAAAAAAA